AAAACCCACAAAUUUCUCAACAAAAUGGGCAUCAUAAGCUAUUCAAAAUUGAAGACAUUGGUCACAACAAACAUCAACCAUGGCUAGCCUCCAGCUCAAGACUGGCUUGACCUCUUCAUUGACCACAACCAGACCGGUUGCACCCAAGGGUCUCUCUGGUUCGCCUCUUAGAGUCUUCCCAUGGUCCAAGAGAUCUUCAUCCACCAUCAAGGCUACCCAAACUGAUAAGCCAACAUACCAAGUCGUCCAGCCGAUCAACGGUGACCCGUUCAUCGGAAGUCUCGAGACUCCCGUGACAUCGAGCCCACUGAUCGCAUGGUAUCUCUCAAAUCUUCCCGGAUACCGGACCGCCGUGAACCCUUUGCUCCGUGGCAUUGAAGUUGGGCUAGCCCACGGGUUCUUCCUAGUGGGUCCGUUCGUGAAGGCCGGACCAUUAAGGAACACAGAGUAUGCAGGUGCAGCCGGAUCACUAGCCGCAGGUGGGCUUGUGGUGAUUCUUAGCAUUUGCUUGACCAUGUACGGGAUCGCAUCGUUCAAAGAAGGCGAGCCAUCGAUCGCACCAUCGUUGACCUUGACCGGAAGGAAGAAGGAACCGGACCAGCUUCAAACAGCCGACGGUUGGGCUAAGUUCACCGGAGGGUUCUUCUUUGGUGGCAUCUCUGGUGUCACUUGGGCUUAUUUCCUUCUUUAUGUUCUUGACCUUCCUUACUAUGUUAAGUAGGUGAAAUUACUAUCUUGCCCUCUUUUUAAUGUGUAUUGAAACAUGAUUACUUUGGUUAUGAUAUACAUCCUUUGUGCUUAUAUG